UAGAGUUCAGAGUGUAAAGGUUGGGACAGAAAAAAUGGCAGCCGGCAAAAUGAAGUGUUGGCAGUGAGAGAGACCUCGAGAGAGAUGGCAUACCCGCGGUAGCUUAGUGUGUGCCUGUCGCCCGAGGAUUUAGAAUGCGACGGAGUAGUUAUUUAAGAUUAUUGUAUCACAUCGUGGCUCUUUUUUGAAGGACUGCAUUAUGGCACUGGUAUUCGAGUUCGUCUGGCGGCUUCUACAUGCCCUUCUCCACCUCCAUAGAACGCUAGUCACCUGGUUCCGAAGCCAUCUCUGGAAGUGGAAUGGACGGAUAUGGAAAAGGGCUGUAGCCGCUCUACUUGUUCCAAUAGCACUGGGGUUCCCGAACCAUAAGAAAUUGGCACCCACGACCGGCAAACGUGUCGGUCGCCGUUUUCGCUUUGGCGCGGACGGGAAAGCGCUAGAGAAGCUACCUCUACAUGUUGGCUUGUUGAUAGCUGAAGAGGAACCGCGAUAUUCGGACAUAGCUAACCUUGUUGUCUGGUGCAUGGCAGUGGGGAUAUCAUAUGUUAGCGUGUACGAUAAUCAAGGUGUGUUCAGGAGGAAUAACUCCCGGCUGAUGGAGGAGAUCCUCAAACAGCAGCAGGAGCAGCUGGGGGCAGACGGCUCCAAGUACUCUGUGGAGUUUUUAAGUAAUGGCAGCGACAAACAAGACCAUCAAGUGUUGUCAUGCCAGGCGGUGGUGAAGGUGCUGUCUCCUGAAGACGGGCGGCAGGGCAUCGUGGAAGCGGCACAGAAGCUGUGCCGGGCGGUCGAGCAAAAGGAGCGAGCCGCCAAAGACAUCGAUGUCACUGUGCUCGACUCGCUACUGAGAGAGUCCAGGAACAUCCCAGACCCAGACCUGGUGCUGAAGUUUGGAGCGGUGCAAAGCACCCUAGGAUAUCUGCCCUGGCACAUCAGACUGUCAGAGUUCAUCUCCUUGCCCACCCACGCCAACAUCUCCUAUGAGGACUUACUGGGUGCCCUUCAGAGCUUUGCUGCCUGUGAGCAGAGGUUUGGUAAAUGAACAGCGCCCCCCUGUGGGCAAGAACUGGGAAAUCACAUGCGGGGGGCAGCGGAGGAACUGGUGCUGGAGGAGGGACGACGAGGAGGAGGAGAAGAAGGAAGAAGAAGGUCUUGGCUUUGUGUUUCCAAACCGCUCUCUUCAAAGUUCAAAGUUUACAGUGAGAGCACAAGAGGUCCAGCGUCUAUGUCCAACCCCCCCCCCCCCCCAUCGCUCACCCACACAGGACUCUUCCAGGCCCCCUCUGCCUAUAUGGGCCAGGGGCCUUGGGGCACCUCCCUCUCUCUCUGCUAAUGUUUGUUGUUUGUCUGUUUGUGAGCAGAUAAGGGUGUGUGUGUGUGUGUGUGUGGUCCUCUGUCUUGCCCGACUUGCCCAUGUAACUACACGGUGAACAUUUUCUUGCCCUUCCCUUACAUUCUGCCCCCAACGCCCCACCUUACCCCACCCUACCCCACCUUACCCCACCCUACCCCACCUUUGCUGUCCUGCAAACUCAGCAAGUCUUAAGGCGAGGAACUCAAGGCCGCAUCAUUUUGAAGGGACACAGUUGGACACAACUUGGUGUUUAUUUGUUGUCUCCUUUUUCUAUUUUCUGUCAUCUCUCGCUCUCGAAGCUCUCUCCUAACCUGCCCAUGGAGAGAGGGAUGCAACAUUGGAGAAGACGCUUGCUGUUCUCAAUAGACUUUUCUGGACUCUCAUCUUCUUGACUUUAGUUUCAUGCUUUCUUUUUGUUUUGUGGCCUGGAGUAGUGUUUGUCAGCUGGUGACCGGAACUUCCUGAGAGGAGUUAGCAGGAGUAGCUGAGUGACCAUGAGGAAGGAAUCACAGAGACCCAGUAAGGGCUUCAGAAGCAGCAGUAUCAGCAGCAGGGUGCAUCAGCACCACACACACAUUAAUGGAAACUCUGUGACUGGAGAGAAAAACGUAUUACAAAACCGCUGCUGAUUAAGUACUUGUUUGGGGGUUUUAAAUUUGUUGUGUGUGUGUGUGUGGGCACAUACCCAGCAGUGACUGGGUAUCACACUAAUCUUGCCUAACUCCCAGGGUUGUAAAUGUGAGGCAUCUGAAAUGAUUACGCUAAGCUAGUCAGCAGAUUUCCUACUUGUAAUCUCUCAUUCCCCCACUCUCUCUCUCUCUCUCUCUCUCUCUCUCUCCCUCCCUCCCUCUCUCCCUGCCUCUCGAUUGCUGUUGCUGUCUUUGUUAAGUCUGCUGUGGCUUUGCAUCGAUCUGUCGUGCUGUCAUUAUUUCUCCGUCCAGCAAUCUAAAAGGAAAUGUUCUCUUGUCCAUCUUUGUGAUUGUAUGCUAACGUUUGCAGAUCUGUCAGCAGAGAUUUCUCUACCGGAAUUGUCUCUCUGGGCCUCUAACUCAAGUUGGAAUAAAGAAAGCAUGCGUGUGCAGGGUUUACACCAAACUACUGCUAUUGGGCCCCAUUAAAGACUUGUCAAAAUUGCUGGCUAACAUGGCACUGGUAAAACUAAGCGAUCUGCUAAUUGUCCGUGUGAAUGAACAGUUAAAACAAUAAAAAGUUACUGAAACAGUCA